AAAUUUAAGUAUUACUUAAGAAAUUUUUUAAUCGCUCAUAAAAAGCUUUAUUUGUCAUAAAUUGGAUUAUUUUUCCUUUUUAGCACACUUAUAUUUCUCUACACUAUAAUGUACACAAUAAAUUUUCUUACAUAAAGUAAAAAUAAAAUUUAUUUAUAUUUAAGGUAAAGGUAAUAUAUCCAGUUACAAUUUUUUUUCUUAAUAAUUAAUCUUUUACAAAUCAGUCAAGAUUCCUUAAUAGGCUAUAAUUUUACUUUCAUGACUGUCAAUCGAAUCAUCAGAAGCAUAUUUAAGUGGCAGUUUAAGUUGCCUUAGAUGCAACUAUUCCGGAAUAUUUUGGGAACUUCGAGGCUCUCCUUCGCUCGUCACGAAAGUUAUCUUAUUUGCCGGCAUUGAUGUCACUCGUAUGCCAUCCCGCGUGCCGUGCGAUCCGUGCGCCACGUCGUCAUUGUGUCGCGAUGCAAAAUUGUGGCCGAUUCAUCGAAGAGAAAAAGAACAUGAAGUUUAUCCCGUUUAAUUUUAAACUAAUUUCUUUAUAGUCAUAAAUAAAGAGAAACAAUUGUUGUUAAAUUAAACUUAAAAAAUACGAUGAACACCUACAACAUCCUAUUUUCCUAUUAAUUGUAAGCGUCUGUUCUAACAGAAUUUCAAUUUAAAACUCAAAGGAAAGGUAUACAAUAUAAAAAAUUAAAAAAGCAACAAACGUAAGCUUUCUCCAACGUUGUCUUCGUUAAGGAAGUAUUUUAAUCAUAUAACAUUAAGCGCCGAUUUGACAAAUACGAAAUUAUUGUUCAACAGAUAAUACUUAUUAUAUUCUUUAACUAGAUACUGAUAAGAUAUAUAUAUUCAAUUCAAAAAGCGAGCGAAAAAGUCGGCCUGCAGCGAAUCGGAUCAGCUGAUUCAACGUAGACCUUUCUCGUCGGACUGCCUUCUCCAUUCUUCUCGCCUUUCUCUCUCGUUCUCUCCCGCCGAUGACCAUCGCGGUGACAGCCCCACCCGCGGCAUCACCUUCUCUCUCUCUUUCUCCCUCCUUUUCUCUCUCCCGCCGAGGUAAUGCACGAGGUCGUCCGUCCACUGGUGGAAACCGCUUUCCAAGCGAAGCCCGUUAACCUACUCGGGGCCCCAGUACACUCGCCGCCUUCGGUCCCACAUGUCGCACGUUGCGCGAGUGCGCUUUCGACGCAUGCCGAGGAUUUCGCAAACGUUUUGACAACUCGGACUUUGAUCCAAACCCGCUGAUCGUAGAUUCCGGCGAGCCGGAAACAGCUGCUGAUCCAGGAAGAUGAGGGGAUGGUUCGACGCCUUCCGCAGCGACGGCGGCCCGACGCUCUACAGCUACAGCAACCGCACUCCCGUCACCGGUGACGUCCCCCUGGUCAUCGUAUUCGUGAUUUUCGGCACCCUGUUUACGGCGUUUCUAGUCAUAUUCCCAGGCGUUAGGAAAGAGCGGUUAACCACAUUUCUCACGGUUACCCUGAGCCUCUUCGUGGGUGCGACGAUUCAAGUGGCGCAAUACGGCUCAUCCUGGCACACGAGCUCCGCUACCAUUGUCAGCUCUUACAGCGCUUUCUCCAGGCAUAAGGCAACGGCCGACAUCGGCGGCUACAUCGGUUUGAUGCACAUCAACAUUACGUAUAGGUUAUUACCAGAUAACGAGCAAACGAACGGCGACGUUGAGUACAAUGAACGGUUCUGGUGGCGAAGUUCCGGCGAGAUGACCAGCGCCUUCAAGCAGGCCCUUUAUCAGGGCGCGCCGUUUCCCAUUGUCUCCCUGGCGGAGUACUUCAGCCUUCACCAGGAGGGCUUUUCCUGGGGCUCACGGUACCGCGAAGCUGGAUACUACGCCUCGAUAAUGCUAUGGACCUCCUUUGCUUCAUGGUUAAUGAUGAAUUUGUUGCUCAUGGUGGUACCGCGAUACGGAGCGUACGGUAUGAUCUUCACGGGUCUGUGUAUGCUGCUAACAAAUCUAAUCUACACGGCACUCUUACCGUGCGAGCCUCUGAUAGCUCACAUCGAAGGCUCGAUCCUCUCCUUUAAUCUCGGCUGGAAUUACUGGUUGGUGCUAUCAGCCGGUGCCGCGUGUCUCUUCGCGGGACUUGUAAUAACAGCCAUCGACAUGAUCUUCCCUCAUCAAUUCUCGACCAUACUCGAGGUCGACUAUGACACACCGUAUGACAGACAUGUCAUUAUAGAGGAGAGUUUCGAUACGCGCAACGUUAGGCGAAAAGUUCCCAAGAUCGAAGAUUCAUUCGGUGAUCGAAUAAUGAGUCAACUGUCGUCCAAACUUCAGAACAGACACGGCAAAGACGACACCGAGGGGGUCAUUAAUCAGGGCUAUACACACGAGCUGUCCGAAUUCUCGCAAGAAAUCAGUGAUGAGCCCAGCAAGAGCAAUUGGUCGUAUCCAUUCCCGCCAGCCACGCGCAGAACUGUUAAUGGUUAAUGCAUUUUCCGCAUGUUGCGGACAGCCGCGAUACUCGCCGAUUUUUCCAAGCGCCGUUGCAAAACAUUUAGAUAUGCAUAUUUUAUUAUAUAAAUAUUAUUUAAUAUUAUUUAAUAAAAAAGAGAAAUUCAAACAUU